GUCAGGAUCAGGAGACGGUCGUGAUCGCGCGCUCUCUGUGGAUAACUGCAAAUCGCGUCUCCUUGGACUGUGCACCUGCUCCUGAACAUCCUCAGCUCAAACCUGCUAUUUUCAGGAAUAAAACAUGGAACAGAGUAUUUUUCCUCGCUCCUUGUGGACUAAUGACAGCAAAUUUCUACAUCACCAUGUCGCGGAUUUCUUCACCAGUGUACAAGUUACACAGGAUAUACCUGCUGGAACAUCUUUCGGACCUUGUGUUCUUCAUAAUACCUUUUAUGACACUAUAGCCUUCAUUGCAUUGAAGUCCUCUGACAAACGGAAUAAAUCAUAUGUAUUUCGGGUAGAUCCUGAGGCGAUGAAAGGUUCUCCAUUAGUAGUUCCUUGGCUGCGGUUAGUACAGGCUGCAAUGAGCGCAGAAGACCAGAAUACUGAGGCCUACUUGAAAGGAGGACAGCUGCACUUUCAGACUAUUCGAGAUGUGAAGCAAGGGGAGGAACUGCUUGUUUGGUAUGAUGAGGAGCUGUCACAUCUUUUGGGGUUCGAAGACAUAAAGACAAAAGCCCUGACAGGUGGCUAUACAUGUACGAGAUGCGGCCAGGCCUUCAAAAACGAAAACCCUUUCCUUGCCCACUGUCGUUUUUUAUGUGUGCAGGAAAAAGUAGAUAUUAUUCGACCAACCAACGAACAGAAACAAGAAGUCAAGCGACAGCGCAAAAUCAUAGAUUUUCACAACAUUGCAAGAGAUCUGGAGCACAAAAAGAACGGUUCUCCUGAAGACAUGGGCAUACCUAGGAAAAGAAAACAAGAAGGUUCCUUAAGUCCCCGGAGCAAAAAAACUGUGUUAUUGGAGAAAAUCAACAUCACUAAUUACAGCAACACCGCCAACGUCAACACAGAUGGUCCACCUUUUCAGGAUUUGUCAGAAUCAGACAAUUUAUCAACAAAUAAGCCAAAGAGAAGUAAAAGCAGCGCAUUUACCGAGGUUAGAAAACCAUCAGAGCAGUCAAACCCCGAGCAGACAUCACGGGAUGUAACGACGUCUGAAGUAGGCCUGCAAUCCGACUGCAGCGCGUUCUCGUUCGUUGUGCCCAAGAGCGCGCACUCGGAACAGAAGAGCGCGUUCUGUGAACCCAACAAACGCACCAUCACCGAAGUUCAGAAUCCUUCACCACCAGAUUCGGAUAAUAUCUCAGACUCUUUCAAAUUAAAACCUGCACUAGGAUACAGAAACGUAUUGGCUUCGCACCUGUUUCACUCUGACUUGCCAAGCGCUCAUGCAGGUGGAGUGAUGUCCGUUCCUCUGGCUACAGGAGGAUCCUUUUAUUACGCGCCCGAGCAUUGGACCAGAGCUAUAGGUGGCCAGCUACAGUCUACUUCUUCUUUGACACUUUUGCCCCCUACUUUCACACCACGCGGUGUUUCAGUGCAGAACUGGUGCGCCAAAUGCAACCUCUCAUUCCGAAUGACCUCCGACUUGGUGUUUCACAUGCGGUCACAUCAUAAGAAAGAGUUCGCCGCAGAGGCUCUGGUGAGGUGGAGGAGAGAGGAGAAACUCACCUGUCCCAUCUGUCACGAGUACUUUCGAGAGCGUCACCAUCUCUCACGUCACAUGACAUCACAUAAUUAAGAAAAAAAAAACUCUAUCGCACUUUAACCAGGUACAUAGAAGUUAUUAUUUAAAAUGCAUUGCCCAUAAAUAAUGCAUUUAUACUGUGAUUUAUAUAACACCUUUGCGCCUACCUAGCUGACAAAAAUAUGUUCUAAGACCGUUUUGCUAACGUUAACAUUGAGUUAUGAAAACGUUAUUUCUUAGGGUUCUCUGACUAUUCGAAACGUUGAGUUUUUAAAUGUUUGACGUUGGUUAUACGACCGUUAAGGGAACAUUCCAUUUUAUCAUAUUGCAAACAUUAUGGGAAAGUUAGUUUUGAAUAUUCUUUGAAACAAGUUCUAAAACAAGUAGUUGACGAACGUCCAGCUAAAACGAACAUUCAAGUUUUGAGAACAUUACUAGCCUAAAUACCAGAUCACUUUGUAUGAACAUUAUAUUAACGUUACUGGUUCAGGGGAAAAAACGUUGAGAGAACCUUGCCAGAAUGUUUUGAGAACAUUUUCUGUUAGCUGGGUAGGUUGCUAUUGGACAGUAUUUUUCUGUCGCAAUACAGAAAACCGUGAACCUUUCAACUCUUUACCUUUGGUAAAAAGUCAUUAUCUUUUUCUUCAAAUGUCAUAGUCAUUUCAGCAAUGUAGGCCCUGUCCCAAAUGGCACCCUAAACCCUCACGGCCUUCCUCUGAGUCCGCACU